AUGCGUACGUUAUUUUUAACUGCACUUUUAAGUCCAAUUCGAUCCAUCAAUUUUUGUUUACUUCGUUUCGACAUGAAAACAGUGAAAAAAGUAAUACCAUUUAAAAGGAGUUCACCUCAAAUUAUGAAAUACAAAAAACAGAAAUUGAAUUUUAAGAAAGAUGGAAAUAAUGAAAACAAAUAUUAUGCUUCAGAUAAAAAAGUUAAAAACCGCGUUGCAUAUGAAAAUGGAAAUGAUUAUGGAAAAAUAAUAGCAAAUCCGAAUUAUUUAAAACCAACUCCUUCAAUUUUUAAGUUAGCUGAGAGUCAUAAAAUGAAUCCAAAUUUUUGUGAUAAUUUUUUAUUUAAAUUACCUUCAUUUAUGAUGCAAAAUUACAAUAAAAAGGAUCAAAGUAUUGAAUCAAAAGUUACUAAUAUUGAUUUAAAAAAAGUAAAUCAUAUUACAAAGACUCAAUCAGACUGUUUUGUUGGUGAAAAUGACGAUUUGCAGUGUGAAAGUAUGGGAGAAAGCCAAGACAACUCUAAUUGUCUUGCAAUAAACAACUCUGCUGAAUUUUUUGAAGCAAUAAAUAAGAAAGCUUUAAUUUUUCAUUUAUGUCACCCGUGCCAAUUUAGCUUUCACGGGGAAUUAAAAUUGACUUUAAUUGCAGGAGAAGUAGAAAUUUUAGGAUAUGUUUUAAAUGAAUGUUCAAAAUUAAAAACUGUAGAUAUUUAUUCACCAGAAUUUUGCACACCAUUAGUUGUAGCUACUAAAUCAGGGAACAAGGAUAUUUCUUAUGAUAAAAAUAAAAAUCAACUUCAAAACAUUUUAUCUGAUAAUGAUUUUAAAGAACUUUUAUCACACUUGCAGCCAAAUGAUACAGUCCUAUUGUUGGAACAAAUUUCAAGCACUUUUGGUACUGUCAUUUAUAAUUACAUGGAUUUGCCACUUUUUCCCAAGAAUUUGGAAAAUUUUUCUUCCCUAUCAGAGUCUUUUAAAGCUAUUCAAUCAACGUUUAAAUUUGACUCUAAUAAUUCUACUCUAAUGUAUAAUAAAAAUCCAGAAUGGGAUGAAAUUUUAUUAAAUCAAUGCACUGUUUUGUGCGGUGGAAAAGGAGUUGGAAAAUCUACCCUGCUCAAAUAUUAUACCAACAAAUUUGUUUGUAAUGAAGAAAAUGUUCUCAUUUUGGACUUAGACCCAGGUCAACCUGAAUUUACACCUCCUGGAUUUGUUUCUGCUGUGAUUAGUUCAAAUGAUUCAAAUAAUUAUCCAUAUGAUUUAGUGCCUACUGUUGUUAAUCAAAAAAGCGGGUUUGAAAUGUCAAAUGUCUCAAAAUCUUUAACUUAUAGUCACAAAUUGAUUCAUUCCAGUGCUGAAAUAAAAAAUAAACCUAUUAAAAAUGUUUUGUCUUCUUACGAACUUCGAGAAUUAAUGCUGUUAUCUUACUUUUGUCAAACCCUUUCUCCAAUUUCAUUUAAUUUCAAUGGAGUUCAGCCAUAUAAGUAA